AUUUGCCUUAUAAAUAAUAGAAUGUUAACAGAUAUUAAUAACAUUCCCAUUAAUGAAUCUUUAGAGAAAAAUGGCUUUGUUAUCGUUGAUAACUUAGUCCCUGAGGAUUUAGUUAGUGAACUUAAGGAGGCCUGUGACCGAGUUGUUGAUAAAGCUAGAAAAGGGGAAUGGAAAUAUAGACGUCUUGUAGGUACUCAGUUCCCUCCUUGGACAGAAGGCACUGAUGUCUGGGGUGUCCAACAUCUACUUCACCCAGAUCUCAAUGAAAAUGUGUUUGCCAAAUGGUUGGGAUCUUCAAAACUCUUGGAAGCAGUUGAACAAUUGACUGAUGGAAAACAUGAGGAACUACAAUUAGAAUUAUUUAAUCUUUUGAUAAACCCUCAAGAGUCUGAUUUUGACUUAUCAUGGCAUCGUGAUGCUAUCAAGGCUGAGGCUCCUGUAGAAGAGGAAGAAGAGAAACUUACUGUUCCUCACUUUGGCACUCAAUGGAACACUGCGCUUUACGAUGAUGCAUGCCUUUAUGUCGUUCCUAACUCACAUCGUCGUGUACGAACUGAAGCCGAAAGAGAUAUCACUAUUAAUGAUCCACGAAGUGAUAAAAUGCCAGGUCAAUUGAAAGUCGAAUUGAAGGCAGGUCAAACUGUUUUUUACGAUAAUAAUAUCUUACAUCGCGCUUCUUAUGUCUCAUCCCAAAAGCGCGCCACUCUUCAUGCUUCUAUGGGGAUUAUUCGAGGCGGUCAUCAUCGUGCUGCUUGUAUUCUCCAACAUGAACUUGAUUGGAUGAAUACUGAAGAAUUUAAGAAAACUCUUCCUAAAUCCUUAAUGAAACCCUAUUCGAAUUUGCUUACUAUGGCUGAAAAAGCUGGAAUGUCAAAUUUGUGUGCUAAACCAAUUCAUUAAUUUGAAAUAUCAGUUUGAGUCAUCUUGAUUGUAUUUAAUAAAUAGUAUUUUCUGAAAAAAAUGCUGUAUGUUUUUACCCCAAUAUUUAUUUGUUAUGUAGUACAAUAAACUUGCAAGAAAAAAAAA